UAACAUAAGAAAGUUAGAAAUCGUUUAAGAGACUAGUCAAUAAGAAAAGGUACACAUAAUGUCAUUGCUAAAUACCACUCUGCAGACCCUUGUAGUGCGUCUGCGAGAUAUGAAUGGCAACAUAACGGAACAGAAACUUCACAAUCGCGUAUUUGACGCCUACGAGGCGAAGUCGCUAGUCUUCGAGGCGAUUACCCUUGAACAACAAAUGGCAAUGCAGCAAUUUGGUGGGAUCAUUCCUCCUGGCCACCCCGCUGGCCAACCCGUUCUUAUCGAUUCAUGGAAUGAUCUUACGAUUAUACAUAAGGAAGGAAAUCUUUACCAGCUGCUCGCGCGACGAGCACGAAAUAACGCUGGUUAUAACGUAAUACGUGCGAUAUGUUCAAGCACCGGAUCCCCUUUUACGAUGGAUCACCGCGUGGAUCCGAUAGAUUAUAAAUUAAAUUUUCGCGCGGCAGACUUUGAAGUACGUAGUAAAUUUAACUCAGAGAACCAGGAUAAAGUCCCCACGACAAUAUGGUUUGAUGGAAUUUUAAAAGCUCCAGGAGCGUCAGCCUUAGUGAGCUAUUAUCACUCACUUUCCCCUGCACAUGUGAAUAAUAUGGCGGGAACCUUACAGUUUUUAAAAGACUGGUCUCUUCAACCUUCGGAAGGGGAUCGCCAUCGGCAAAUUAAAGAACUGUACACUGCCCUGUUAAAGAAAUCAACGCACUUGUUUUUGGGAACAAACACCCUUCCGGGAAGGGAAUUGUUAAACUACGCGAAAUCAAAAAAUGUGUUCAUCUACGCCAAGAAAGGCAUGCGUUUUCUAUAUCAUGCAUAAGCCUUACCAUGGGGAUGUUUUUUUCUUUUGAAUUAUGCACCCUCGUUCAAGACUUAUUGAUUUCGUGUACAUAUUGUUGGACGUUUUGUUUGUAUCGAAGUAUGUUCGUCGUUUAUUCACGACAUCAUGAAUAUGAAUAUGUUAUCCCUUAUUAUAUGGUUAUUCAUACACUCUGCAUAGGAUCAAAUUUAUUGGAUUACACUUUGCAAAACUAAGGUAAUGAGGGAUCUUAUUUUUGGUGUCCAUGAAUUUUUACCUGUACGGUACUUCGCGUCACUGGUUAAUUCCUUCUUUCAUAAAUUUUCACAAUUACUUUGUUAGUCUCUCUUUAUUUUCCCUCAUAAAAAAAGAAA